AUGUCCAAAUCGAAUAAAAUUGUACUGCGAAUCCAAUCAGCUGAUGGCACUAAACGCGUCGAAACAGAGCAAUCGGUCACGACAAAAGGCCUCUAUGAGCUGGCCAAGGCAGCAUGUGGGUUCGAUCAUUUCGACUUUGCGCUAUACCGUGAGCGAAACUACACAAAGGAGAUUGUUUCCAGUGGCUCGCAGGAAGUGAAAGAUAUUGGUCUCAAACAUGGUGAUAUUGUAUAUUUACGGCUAGUAGAAGGACCUUCUACUUCGAAGGCCACGGAACGAAGUGCAUCAGUUAAUUCGUUAGCUUCAAGCCACAGUUCCUCGCACAGCAAUGCGACAUUUAGCCGAGAGGCUACCCCAUCGACCAGUUCGAAACCAUCCGCAGCAGCAGCAACAGAGCAGGCGAUCACAGAGGAUGCGGUCGACCUGGAAUUAUACAAGCAGGACGGCCGCAUUAAACGUGAGCGGGACGAAAAACUCUGUCGUCACAAUUCAAACGGUUGCUGCGUACACUGCUCCCCGGUGGAACCGUGGGAUGAAAACUACCUCAAGGAGCAUAAGAUAAAGCACUUCAGCUUUCACUCCUACCUGAAGAAGCUAACGUCCGGCGCUGCCCGUGGGAAGUUUGUUGCGCUCGAGGAUUUGAACUGUAAGAUUAAGUCCGGGUGCCGGGAUCAUCCACCGUGGCCGAAAGGCAUCUGUUCCAAGUGCCAACCGUCGGCGAUAACGCUUAAUCGGCAACCGUACCGUCACGUGGACAACGUCAUGUUCGAAAAUACGGGCAUCGUCGAGCGGUUCCUUAACUACUGGCGAACGAGCGGCCACCAGAGAAUCGGUUUCCUGUUCGGCAAGUACGAGCUUCAUCCGGACGUACCGCUCGGCAUAAGGGCGCGUGUGGCCGCCAUUUACGAGCCACCGCAGGAGAGCAACCGUGACUCGAUACGCCUGUUGGACGAUCCGCACGAUGCGGAUGUGGACGAGCUGGCCAAGUUGCUUGGUUUGCAGCGGGUUGGGUGGAUAUUUACGGAUUUGUUAAGUGAAAAUCUGGCCAACGGGACGGUGAAACAUGUGCGCAACAUCAAGACGCACUUUUUGACCGCGCAGGAGUGCAUACUGGCAGGACAUUUGCAGAACAAAUAUCCUAAUCGCUGCAAGGAUUCGUCGAACGGAUACUUUGGUUCGAAAUUUGUGACAGUUUGUGUGACUGGUGACGUGAAGAAACAAGUGCACAUGGAAGGAUAUGCCGUAUCGGCACAGUGUAUGGCGCUGGUGCGAGACAACUGUCUCAUUCCUACAAAGGAUGCGCCCGAGCUAGGAUACAUUCGGGAGUCGUCCGACAAGCAGUACGUUCCGGAUGUUUACUACAAGGAAAAGGAUGUCUACGGUAAUGAGGUGCAACGCUUGGGGCGACCACUGCCGGUAGAGUAUCUGCUGGUCGAUGUGCCGGCCUCGACACCGCUCGUACCGCUGUACACAUUCCUGGAGCGGAAGAAUGCGAAGCAGUACUUCCCGGUCGAGAAUAGACUGAUCGACGGUCACAUACAGGAUUUCGCUGCCCUAGCAGACUAUUUGGCUAAAUCACGCACGAUGCCCUUCCUGGAUGCUGUGUCCGAUUUUCACUUGCUGUUUUAUCUGUACCGCAUGGAGGAUAUGCUGCCGAUGAAAUCCCAGCUGGGCCCGCUGCUGGAAGCGGUACGCACCAAGGACAAGGCGAAGGCUAAUGAGUGGAAAUCGCGAGAGGUGUGGAAAACGCUCGAAGAGCUAAUUGAGGCCAGCUCGAACCAUGAUGACUCCAGCAUGAGCAAUGAUGUCGAGUUUGUGCCGAGUGGCGAUGCGGAACAGAACUGGAUUUGUACGUUCUGCACGUUUAUCAACAGCCGGGAGCUGCCCGCGUGCGAGAUUUGUAAUCUUCCCAGAUCCAGACAAUGAAGUGCUAAGCUUGGUUAAAAUGGCUGCUU